UUCUUUGUUUUUAAUUAUUUUUGUUGUGUUUCUCAAAAUUUCUAGAACCAACGUCGCUUUCUAACGAGACUCUUUCCCCUCCUCCUUUUAUAAUUGUCUCGUACAAGUAUUAACAAAAGAGCAUACCACUUUCAUCUUUCAUGAGAAGUUAUGGUCUUGGCCUUGUAUAAACCAAUCUCAUCAGAAAAACUUGUUCCGGUGAUUGCUCAUGGAAGCAGAUAGGAGCAAACGCUUUACUAAUCUUGUUCAUUCUAGGAUUUUCCUUUCUGGGUUCUAUUGUUGGGGCUGGGAAUUCUUGACUGCUCUCUUGCUCUUUAGUUCUUCUUCCAUCUAAACAAAGUACUCUGUAGGUUAUUUUUCAUUUAAUUUUUUUUUUUUUUUAGUUGAAAACUGUUUUUUUAGGUUUCACUUUUAGCUUGAUCUUGGGGGUUGGUGAAGGGUAAAUUGGGGAUAAAAAAAUAUGGCGCAGAGGUCAGUUCCGGCACCGUUUCUGAUGAAGACGUAUCAGUUGGUGGAUGAUCCCAGAACAGAUGAUGUGAUUUCAUGGAAUGAGAAUGGCACCACCUUUGUUGUUUGGAAAACUGCUGAUUUUGCGAAGGAUUUGCUUCCUAAUUACUUCAAGCACAACAAUUUCUCUAGCUUUGUUCGCCAACUCAACACCUAUGGAUUUCGAAAGAUUGUUGUGGACAAAUGGGAAUUCGCCAACGAUAAUUUCCGGCGAGGGCAGAAAGAGCUGUUAACCGAAAUUCACCGCCGAAAAACGGUUCCACCAUCAGCAACACAAACGGCGGCAAAAGGAGCUGGUGCGAAGACAAACUCGGCGUCAAAUUCUGGCGAGGACCUGGGGUCGACCUCGACGUCAUCUCCGGAUUCGAAGAGCCCGGGAUCGAUUGAUACCGCGAAGUUUGCAGAUCUUACGGAUGAGAAUGCGAAACUGAGAAAGGACAACGAGACGCUGAGCACGGAACUGGCGCAGGCGAAGAAGCAGUGCGACGAGUUGAUAGCGUUUUUGACCAAAUGUUUUAAGGUGGAGCCUGAUAAGAUCAAUAGCAUCAUGCGGCAAGGAAGCUGUGGGUCCACCAAAGAUGGAUUAGUAAGUGAUGAUUGUGAUGAGGAUGAAGAAAGUUGUGGAAAGUUGAAGCUAUUUGGGGUUUGGUUGAAAGAUGAUGGAAGGAAGCGGGGUCGUGAAGAGAAUAGUAUUGCGUGUGUCGGGUCCCAUGACAGGAAGAACGUAGAGUUUCAUGCACCGUUGAUGAAGAGCAGCAAAGUUUGUAAUUGACCAAUCAGGAUGAUUAAAAAAAUGAGGUGGCAUAGGAUAAGGAUUAUGCGCCUCCCUGCAUAUGAUUUAUUAGAAUUUAUUAAGGUUUGUUUAGCUGCCCUGUAACAUUGGGUUACUAUUAUUAUUGUUUUUUCUUUUAUUAUUGGGUGUAUGUAAUUUAGGUAAACGGAGAUCAAACGCAAAUGGGUCUCUAUGAAGGGGAGUCCACCCUAUAUCAUGGAUAAUGUUAGAGAAUGUACCUGUAGGAUUUGCUUCCAAUAAUAUAUACAAUGUUACAUGUGUGUCCUCUUUUAAA